ACUGCAAACCCUUUUAUACUUAGUUAGAAAGGAAAAGCAGUAAAGAGACAUCUAAAAGAAUGAAGAGAUGUAAGUGGUCCUACAGAUACCCAACACAACAAAGUUUCUUGAUCUUGGUUUUAACAGUAUGGCUACUUUCACUACUGAAACUUCUCAGAGUCGAGCAACUGUUGUUCCCUCACAAGGGUAUUUAUUUUGUAGAGCCGUUUCUGAGCACCUCGUCAUUUCUGAAGAGCAAGAACUCCCAUCUCAAAAGUCACAUGCAGUAUGAAAUUAACUGUUCCUCCAUUUACAAUCAGGAGCCUGUAGAGAUUGGCAGGUCUUUAGAAAUUCAGAGAAAAGAGAUUAUCGAUUUAGAUGAUGAUGAUGUUGUAGCAAUGACUAGUGACUGUCAUGUAUACCGUAAAAUUAGAGAAUAUCACCUGAAGCCUGUUUCUCUGGAAGAGGAAAAAUUCCCUUUAGCCUAUUCUUUGGUGGUUCACAAAGAUGCCAUGAUGGUUGAGAGGCUCAUCCAUACAAUAUACAGCAGUCAGAAUGUUUACUGUAUUCAUUAUGACCAAAAGUCAUCUAGCACUUUCAAACAUGCUUUGGACAAUCUAGCCAAAUGCUUUUCCAACAUUUUCAUAGCAUCCAAAUUGGAGGUGGUAGAAUAUGCCCAUAUUUCAAGGCUUCAGGCAGAUUUAAAUUGUUUGUCUGAUCUAUUUAAGUCUUUUGUUCCAUGGAAGUAUGUAAUCAAUUUAUGUGGCCAAGACUUCCCUUUACGGUCAAACUUUGAGCUGGUAAAUGAACUUAAGAAAUUAAAUGGAGGAAAUAUGUUGGAGACAGUCAAGCCAAGCAGCAACAAAAGGGAACGAUUUAUUUAUCGCUAUGAACUUCAGAAAAUGCCUUAUGAAUACACAAAAAUGCCUAUAAAAACUAGUAUAUCUAAGGACCCACCACCCCACAAUAUUGAGGUUUUUGUAGGCAGUGCUUAUUUUGUUUUAUGUCGGGAGUUCGUACAGUUCGUUCUUGAAAGUUCCAUCGUUCAAGAUUUUUUUGAAUGGUCAAAGGACACUUACUCUCCUGAUGAACAUUUUUGGGCAACCCUUGUUCGUGUACCUGGAACACCUGGAGAGGUUUCAAGAGCAGUUCCGGAUAUCACAGAUCUUCAGAGCAAAACACGUUUGGUAAAAUGGAACUACCUUGAAAAUCACCUGUAUCCUCCUUGCACUGGUACACAUCUUCGUAGUGUGUGCAUUUAUGGAGCUGCAGAACUGAGAUGGCUCAUCAGCUACGGGCAUUGGUUUGCCAAUAAAUUUGACUCCAAAGUAGAUCCUGUUUUAAUAAAAUGUUUGGCAGAAAAACUUGCAGAAAGGCAGAAAGAAUGGGUUAGUUUGACUUCAGAAAAUCUUUUUCUACACAGGACAGAUGUUUCAACAGUACCACCCACCCAUGAUCAGUCCUUGAAAAAGAAUAGUUGA